CGGAGGCAGUGUCUCACGCACAGCUGAACCGGGAACGGAACGUUUAUUAAUUUUAUUAGUUGCGGUCUUGUAAUAAUGUCUCCUGCAAACUAGAAUGACGGCAACGGUUUAACAAUUAGGUGGUUUGUUCAUUUAAUCCAGCAGGAAUUAUAUUGUGGCGAGUAAAAUGUAAAAGACUGAAUUAUUGUAGUUUUUUUGGUUGUGUCUUAUAAUGGAUGGUUGUAUAAAGAGAUUUUGUAGUUUAGAACUGAACAGAGUUAAGAAGAUAAAAGUUCUUGUGUGGUUCCUUGUGCCGCUAUUACUUUUACCGCAACUCGAUGGAAAACUUCUUGGAGAUCAUAUAUGCCAAACUAAGAUUACGGUACCACAAGAAGUUCUUCAAUGGGAACUGAAAAAUCGGACGACAAGAACUUACAAAUGGUGCAUGAGUGUCCCGCCGAGGUGUUCAGUGUAUGCAACGUCUUUAGUUAACGAAACAAAGAUAGCCGUUGUUGAUGUCACCAAAUCAGUUGAAGCAUGCUGCGAGGGCUUCAAAGAACAGAACAAUUUGUGUGUAAGCCAAUGUCAAAAAUGCUUAAAUGGUUUAUGCUUGAAUGGUUUCUGCGUCUGUCAGAUAGGAUGGAAUGGAUCUCAAUGUGAUACUCCUACUGCCAGUAGCACACCAGACAUUUCUUCAACAUCCAUUGGAACAAUAAGUACGUUAUCAUCAUCCACGCUUUUAACUACAUCAGCGACAACAAAAAAUGUGGAACCCGUUCCAAAAAGAAAUAAAGCACAAACUAUUCCUGCAACAGAACCAGCGAAUACCAAACGUCCAAUCACGAAACCUGAAGAAUUAACCACUCCUUCAACACAAAACCCUUAUGUAACUCUCAUACCAAUAACUACAAUAAAACAACCAAGUGAUGAUGGAAAAUUUACACCUUUAUCAACAACAUCAAAAAUAAUCAAUUUUCUAGAAAAUAAUUCCGCGCGUCCCGCGAUAAGACAUCCAAUUCUAGACGAUGUUCUCAACAUUUAUAAAGCGUUUAUGUCCACAACUACUGAAGAUCCAGUUUUAAGCGAGGAUCAUGAAGGAUCUGGUGCAAGAUCUAAAUCAAGGAUAGAAGAAUAUGAUGCUACAAACACUCCAUAUUUUGAUAUCAAAUCUGAUGUUUUUUCGACAACUGAAUACGAUAUUUUUGACAGUAAAGAAGCAAAUCGAGAUUUAUCUUCAAAUAUUGAUACACAAGAGAGUGAUUUGGAUUAUAGAGAAUUAGAUCUUGCAGGGGCAGGUAACAUUUCUUUGAAAAAUAAUGAAGAAAACACUAUUGACCAAUUGGAUUCUCAACUAUCAACCACCAAAAAAUCGCUCAAAGUUUCACCUUCGGUAGAUGAUCACCCAAUUUUCAAAGAAAACUUUUUGGAAAAUAUCGAUGAUUUCGUUGGAGAAAGAUACGAGAAACGUUCUUCCAUGGAAAAUUUAAGUGAUACUAAACUUACUAUAACUGAGCCGGCUAGUAAACAUUUGAUAUACAGUAUUUGUGCAGCUUCACUGACUACGUUUCUCAUAUUGGUAAUUGUGGUCACAUUGUAUGCAGUGAGGAAUUCUAAGAAAAAAGUGGAAAAUAAUAAAGUCAAGAAGGAUAUGGCCACUGUAGCCGUUUUCACUACGAGUAUUUUUCAUUCGCCAUUACCAGAUCCUCCUGCACCUACAUUCGACAAUCCUACCUACUUAGCUACAAGCGACAAUGGAAAUAAUUGCAUUCUCGAAAAAAAUGACAGCAUAGAAAUACAAGAGUUUAGUGUCGUUUUCCAGAAGCCAGUUAAGCCACCAAGAUUAGAUAAGCAGUACCUCUACGACCAUCCUCCAUCCACAGGCAGCUAUAGAGCGUCGUCGGAAGUUGAUACGUUAUCCCAAUAUAACUCUAGUCAAAAAUUUGCUGCAAUUCUAGAACCAUUGUACGAUGAAAUUCCUUCUAAAGGUCCUAAUAAUCGAAUCGGCAUGGAUUCUAACAGCAACGGAGACAGCUUGUACAUGAACACUUGUGGUCGUACUGAGUUCUAAUAACUAUUGUUUUACAAGACUCUCAUGAUAAGGAAAAUAAAGACUUUAUGUGAAACGUUUUCUUUUCGAAUGUUUCGAAGAUGUGAAUUUUCGUCCUCUCAAGGCUUGAUAAUGGAAUUCGAGAGGAAGUUGAAUAACACGAUCUGAACACAGAAAAAUUUAGAAUGAGUGAAUUACUUUACAAAAUCAAAAUUCGCGACAAUUAGUUAUCGAUUUUACUUAACUUUAUACAAUUCUCUUAAACUUACUGGCUGUUGACUAAUAAACUAUGAACUUCGUAAACAAAUACUAGUUCAAUCGAGAAAUAUAUUCCAUUACAUACGAAAAUGCUUGCUACAAGAUGAAAUUCCUGCAUAUUCGUGCUCGGGCUGUGCCUCCUAAAUUUAGAUCGUCCCUAUGUGACCAAACAUCAUUCUCAUUCUGCAUCUCCCUAAGCCUGUGUCUUCAGAGUCCUUGAAGCUAUGCCUGUAAUAUAAACGUCCUCUGGAUCUCUGUUUCGUCAUUAUCUUUGUUCAUUCCCACGUCUGCACGAUUCUUCUUCCCAUGGACUAACGUCACAGAAACUUGUUGACUGCCAUGCGCGGAUUGUUGGAGUACUCAGAUAAUAGUUUUCCUCAUCGAUAAAAUCUGUAGAGCGUCUGUUUGAAGAAUAAUAUUGGAUCACCAGUCGUAGCACAAACAAAUCUUCCUGUUUCUGCCUUCUAGUGUUUCUCUCUCCGCUUGCCAGAUUUUUCUUUUCUCCGAUUUUCUUUUGGUUCGAAGAUGAUUUAAGGUCGCUACCUUCUAAUUGAUUACUUCUAAGCCGUUCUUGAUCCGUUUCAAGUCGAAGAGGCUUCUAACAUGGACUCUUUCAUGCUGAUCGAUUCUGAUGCAGUUAUAUGCGUUUUUAUACAGUUUACCUAGUUUACCAGAAAUUUUUCUAAAUUUCAAAAUCGUUCUGUUGAAACUUCGAAAAAAUGAGAAUCGCCAGAAGCUGCAGAAUGAGAGCGAAAUCUAAGCCGUACUCUACAGUCACACUUCUUCCGCAGUGGUAACAUUCGAUGCCCACUUAUUUUUUCCAAAAGUUCUUCCAUCGAGACUCUAGUAGUUAGUAAUUUCUCCUAUUGGUUCUUCCUCUUCUCAUGAAUAUUGACACUUUGACACAGCUCUGUUCCUUGAGUCGGAUGUUUAAUCAGCCGCUGCAAUUUCUGGGGCUUUGAUCAAAAGUUUCGCUGCUGCAUUGAUGUUUUGGCUAUGAUUAAGAUUAUAUGUGUAGCUGUAUCUCUAAUUAUUCCCUUGAUGAUAUUUUCGACCGCUAAUUGUUCUCGUAUUUCUCUUGUUGCUUCCGGGCAAACCAAUCAAACUUCCUAAUUAACUGUUCCAACUUCCUGAAAAACACUCCCAACUUGUUCACGUACUUCUCCCAUUGACAUUCUCGAAUUUAUUAUGUAGCCCUUCCAGGAUUUUCUUGUGUCUGGUUUAUUCCUCCAGAUACGGCUUUCCUUCUUUCCGCGCCACCUGAUUAACUUGCUCGAUUUUGGCUAUUUACUAUCUCGUGUAUUUACCAUAUUGAAUAUAUCUACUAUUCAGUAUGUUGGAUUUUAGUGUGUGUGAAAUCUAUUCCGUAAGUAUAUUUGAGAAAUACGAAAUUUCACAUCGUUUUUCCCGUUUCAAACUUAUUAAGACGCUAGUUUUCUAAGAAAUCCAUUAAUAUUUGGUUUAUUUUUAUACCUACGAGUACGAGGUGUUUGAGAAAUUGUAAUUUGCGAGAGGGUUGUAAUUAAUUUAAGGAAAGUUUUUUUUUAAAGAUAAGUACCUAAGUAAUAAAAGUAAAAAAGUUUAUAUUAUAA